AAAUUAUUUCCUCACAUCGAGCGGACGCCAUUGAAAUUGUGAAAGGACGAUGGCCUCUAAGGAGCUUUUAUGCUUUCUUUUCGUCUGUUUCUUUGCCGUGAGAAGUGCUACCUGCUGUACCUACGACAGUGAUUGUUCCUACCUUCAGUCCUGUUGUACAGAUAAAGUCUGCAGACAGCGUUGUUCUGUCUGUUCGUACGACUACCAAUGUGGAUCGAACGAGCAGUGCUGUAAAAGCCAAUGUAAAAGUAGUUCGUCUUCUUGUUCCUGUUCGUACGACUCCCAAUGUGGAUCGAGCAAGAAAUGCUGUAAUGGCAAAUGCAUCAGUAGUUUUUCUUCUUGUUCCUGUUCGUACGACUUCCAAUGUGGAUCGAGUAAGAAAUGCUGUAAAAGCAAAUGCAUCAGUAGUUCGUCUUCUUGUUCCUGUUCGUACGACUACCAAUGUGGAUCGAGCAAGAAAUGCUGUAAUGGCAAAUGCAUCAGUAGUUUUUCUUCUUGUUCCUGUUCGUACGACUUCCAAUGUGGAUCGGGCAAGAAAUGCUGUAAUAGCAAAUGCAUCAGUAGUUCGUCAUCUUGUUCCUGUUCGUACGACUACCAAUGUGACAGUGGCGAGCAAUGCUGUAAUAGCAAAUGCAUCAGUAGUUGGUCCUCUUGUUCCUGUUCGUACGACUAUCAAUGUGACAGUGGCGAGCAGUGCUGUAAAAGCAAAUGCAUUACUAAAUCGUUUUCUUGUAACUGUUCGUCCGACGACCAGUGUGACAUUGGAGAGGAUUGUUGUGGAGGAGUUUGUUCCUCAUACUGUGGUUGGAGUGGUGGAACUAUUGCAGGGGCUGUUAUCGGCACGAUUAUUUUCUUUGCCAUCAUCAUUUCUAUCGUAUCCUGCUGCUGCUGUGCUUGUUGCCCGUACUACCGCUAUCGUACACCCAGCACUGUGGUCCUCAAUUGCCAACAGCCACAACAACAAAUAGUCUCAACCCACAUGAUGACGACGCAACAAGCAUAUGCUCCUCCGCCGUUGAACUACAACCAGCCUCCCCUACCAUGUUACAACCAGCCUCCUCCAGAUGGAUACGAUCAGCCUCUUCCAGGUUUCAAUCAGGCUCCUCCGCCUUACUCAGGCUGUUUACCACCACCAAACCAAUAUCCUCCACCGCUGGAACAAGCUAAAGCGGCGCCGAGGCCAGCAGCAGUAAACACCGAACAACCGAACGAGAUCUAAUGAAAGUAACCUGCAAAGUAACUUCUCCAAGCAGAUCACCGUUCGGGUGAAAUGAAAAACCUUUGGUUUUUAUUUUCCAUUUUCAUAGAUGUAAACGUAGUCAAUAUG